AAAAUGAGCGUUUGUAUGAAGUGACCCCUAAAAAAUAAAAGGAAAGUUGUAGCAUCGCUAUCACACUAGUCUCCUCCUUCACCAGCCUCCCACUGCCAAUCUCCCCCUCCUCUUCUUCAACAAUAAUGAUAUCUCCUCCAAGAUUACUUACACAACCCCUAUAUCUAUAUCCCCCAAAACCCCAUUUUCAAACCCUAACAAAACCCAUUUCUAAACACCCCCCAAUUCGUUCCGUCCUUCAAUACAACCGCAAACCCCAACUCACCGGCGACACCCCACGUGUCGUCGUCAUCACUUCCGGCAAAGGCGGCGUCGGAAAAACCACCACCACUGCCAAUGUAGGUCUUUCUUUAGCCCGUCUUGGUUUUUCAGUUGUCGCCAUUGAUGCUGACGUGGGUCUUCGAAAUCUUGAUCUUUUAUUGGGUCUUGAAAACAGAGUCAAUUACACAGUUGUUGAGGUUUUAAAUGGAGAUUGUCGGCUCGACCAGGCUCUUGUUCGAGACAAACGUUGGUCGAAUUUCGAAUUACUUUGUAUUUCAAAACCUAGGUCUAAAUUGCCAUUAGGGUUUGGUGGAAAAGCUUUAGUUUGGUUAGUUGAUGCUUUAAAAGAUAGACAAGAAGGUUGCCCUGAUUUUAUAUUGAUUGAUUGUCCUGCUGGGAUUGAUGCAGGGUUUAUUACUGCGAUUACGCCUGCGAAUGAGGCGGUUUUAGUCACUACGCCGGAUAUCACGGCUUUACGUGAUGCAGAUAGGGUUACUGGGUUGUUGGAGUGUGAUGGGAUUAGGGAUAUUAAGAUGAUUGUUAACCGUGUUAGAACGGAUUUGAUUAGAGGAGAAGAUAUGAUGUCGGUUUUAGAUGUUCAAGAAAUGUUGGGGUUGGCUUUGUUGGGUGUUAUACCUGAGGAUUCGGAAGUUAUUAGGAGUACGAAUAGAGGGUUUCCGCUUGUUUUGAAUAAGCCGCCGACUUUGGCAGGGUUGGCGUUUGAACAAGCUGCUUGGAGGUUGGUUGAACAGGAUAGUAUGAAAGCGGUUAUGGUGGAGGAAGAACCGAAAAAGAAAGGAUUUUUCUCUUUUUUUGGAGGGUAGAGAGGGUUUUUUUUUUUGAAUUGGGUUGGAGGAAAGGAAAUGUGUCUUGUUUGGAACAUGUUGUCUUCGUGUACAGUAAGGCAGUUAAGGUUUGUGUUUCUUUAAUUCGUACUGGUUUAUGAUUCGAUUCAUAGUUUUUGAUUAUCUUUCUAGGGAGAAAGUUAGAAUUAUUGGUACUAUCUGUGUGAUCAAUUGUAUUAUCUCUUUUGUUUAUUAAUGAAUGAAUUUUGUUGCUCGGGCAUAUUUAGUUGUUUUAAGGGAAGUAGUCAGUCAUUGCCUUGAUCAAGCUUAUUGUUCUACAUAGACAUGUUUGUAUACGUUUUAAUGUUUAAUGCCAGGUUCUUUUGGUUUUUGUA